UCAAGUUAUUAUUUUUUAAAGAUAAUUCCGGUUAACCUAUAACCGGUUUUUUAUCAAUAACCGCCCAUCUCUACGGUAAACUAAUUUAGGUUAACUAAUUAGGUUAACUGUUCUUGGGUAUCCCAUAUAAUCAACUUUCUUAUUUUAUUUUAUACGUAUUUUAUCAUAAUUGGAAUCAAUAAUGUGAAUAUUCUUCACUGAGUUCUUAAUGUGUACAAUUAACAGGUACAAUUAAAGUAAUCAUCUAUCAAGUUAGGAAUAAGAAAAAAUUCAUUUAAGACCCAAAGUAAAGUUUUUUGAGAUUUGAUAAGUACCUAAUAUAGAGCGUUAAGAAACACUAGAAGAAAAGUAUAAUUUUCAGUUACUGUAAAUUAGUGCUAACAAGAUGCCGGUUUAUAGUAAAAUCAAAAAUAUAUGUAUGUUAGGUGCUGUUUCUGGUUUAGCAGGGUUUUAUUAUCUGAAGGAAAAGAAUGUUGCAUUUACUUCAUGGACAUCGAAUUAUGAACCAUCUCCUUGCGCUAAAUGGGAUGAGAACUGGGAUCAUCGUGCUCCUGAACAUAUUCGUUCCCGAAAAACAUCUUUGGUUAAUAAAGAUAAUAACAAUAACAUUAAUAUUGAAAAAAACACACCUAAAGCAUGCAGAAAUUUGAUUCUUAUUAGACAUGGUCAAUAUAAUUUGAAAGGAUUAUCAGAUAAAGAAAGAUAUUUAACAGUGCUAGGAAGGUUACAAGCUGAAUACACUGGAAAACGGUUAAGAGAACUUAAUUUGCCUUAUACUAAUAUUGUUAAAUCGACAAUGGCUAGAGCAAAUGAGACUGGAAGUAUUAUUUCAGUGCAGCUACCUACCGUACCAGUAUCACAUUGUGAUUUACUAAGGGAAGGUGCUCCAAUUCCUCCAGAACCACCUUUAGGAGAUUACAGACCAGAAGCUCAUAAGUUUUAUGAAGAUGGUGCCAGAAUAGAAGCUGCUUUUAGAAAAUAUUUUCAUAGGGCUGAUCCAGAUCAAGAGAAUGAUUCUUAUACUAUUAUUGUUUGUCAUGGAAAUGUAAUAAGAUAUUUAGUUUGCAGGGCCUUACAGUUUCCUGCUGAAGCAUGGCUGAGAUUGUCACUGUAUCAUGCAAGUAUAACAUGGAUUUCAAUAACUCCUAGUGGAAGAUGUGUUCUAAGAACUUUUGGAGAUGCAGGUCAUAUGCCUCCAGAAGCCCUUACCUCCACUUAGAAGUCUAUCUGACUUGUAUUUAUUAUUUUUUUAUAUAAAAUAUAUAUGAGAAAUAAUGAAGACAUAA